AAAAAAAAAAAAAUCUAAGGGCAUGUGUAUUGACAUAAACAUAACACACAAACACAAGAAAAAUCAAGUACAUUUCCCCAACACCUUUCACCUACUUCGUAAGGGAGAGAAAGUGACCGGAAAAUCUUCUUAGAAUAUGCUUGCAUGUGGAGACAGACAGAGAAGUGAUUGAGAGAGAGAGAGAGACCGAAAGAAUUAUAUUACUUGGUUUUUUGAGGUGUGAGACUGUUUGGUAUUGAUCCAGCGAUCAUUGGAGUACAAAGACUUCUGGGUUUUUCUUGCAAAGAAUAUUUUUUUUAUCCAUUUCGCAUAGAAGAAAUGCAAGAAAUCAAUAUCUUGGCUGUUUUGUAGAAUAAUUCAUGCUGAUUGAGAGUAUCUGAUGGUUGACCAAUUGAUUGUUUUUGAAACAUCAUUAGGGUUUGUGGAAACUUUUCAUUUUUGAAGUAGUUCUUGGUAGAUAGAUGAGAUGAAUGUGGUUGGCAGAGUUGGGAGCAUUAUAUCGCAAGGUGUAUACUCUGCUGCCACCCCAUUUCAUCCGUUCGGUGGGGCGGUUGACAUAAUUGUUGUCCAGCAGCAGGAUGGGACAUUCCGUAGUACCCCUUGGUAUGUUCGAUUUGGUAAGUUUCAGGGUGUCCUAAAAGGGGCGGAAAAAAUUGUCCGAAUAGAAGUUAAUGGCAUUGAAGCCAAUUUCCAUAUGUAUCUUGAUAAUUCAGGUGAAGCCUACUUCAUCAGGGAGGUCGAUUCGAAUAAAGACAGUAGAGAAAAGGAGGGUUUAAGAGGUUCUGAGGGGCUAGAGGAUAGUGGUGUUGAUUAUGAUAGCAACGAUGAUAGUAGAAAAGAUCAUGUUGAGGAUGGUGUUUGUAGUACUGGUAAGGUCCAAUUGCAAGAUGAACGCAAGCCUUUGGGUAUGAAUCGAUUGGAAAGGACGGGAUCUGAUAGUGAACGGAGGUUCUAUGAGUUUCAAGAUGAACAAUCUUCUCUUGAGGGUUUAGUUGAGUUAUCGGAAUAUGGGUCUAGUGGGUAUGACAAUUUAGAUAGUGUGGAACAUAUGAUAGAAUCACAGGAUUCAAAUGCAGAAGUGGUUUUGGUAAGUGUUGAUGGUCACAUACUGACAGCACCCAUUUCUUCAUCGGAGGGGAAUACUGAGAAUGUGCAAUUAAGCACACCUCAGUUUCACCUUGGCCCAGGUGAAGGGACUGAUUUUUGUGAAGGCAAUGUGGAGUUCAGCACUACUGAAACAGUAUGGGCUGCUAAUUAUUUUAGUGAUUUGGAUGCAUCUACACCUAAAUUUGUCUCUGAAAAUGUUUGCGACACAAACAAUAAUAGUAAUGCUUUAGAACACCAGUUGAAAGUUUCUGAAGGAGAUGGAGAGCAUGCCUUUAAAGUUCAAGAAAAUCAGAAGGCAGCAAGCCAGGAAAGAGAAUUUUGUGUGGAUAGCACUUCAGAAGAUGCAUCUCCUAAUGUUAAGAAGGAAGAUGUUUUUAAGAGCUGUUUGGAGUUAUCUGAAUUAGCCUUGCAUGUCGCAAACACAAAUCAGCAAGGCAUAGGUUCCUUGUUGGAGAAUCAUAAAGAGGUUGAAGGUUCUGAGGACCAGAGCCUUUCAGCAAGCGAUGAAGGUGUUGGUGAAUUGAAAAAUGAUAAUGGGCUAUCUUCUUCUAACUCUCAUGUUCCCAGCAGCAUGCUUUCUUCAGAUUUACAGGUUGAAGUUGAACUGGGUGCAGAUUGUAAUGGUUCCCACCACAGUCCUGUUCAUUCUGCUUGUAAUGAUGAAAAACCAGAGGAGCAGAUUGGUGUAGUAGAAGUGUCUGAUGGGUUGCAAAGUAGCCCACAAAGACAUGGUACGGAUGAUCGAUGCAGUAAUAGUGAGACUGUGCAACCUCAGACAACCACCUCUGUUAAAGCGCUUGAAAUAUCUCUUUGUGGGAAUUUGCUUCGUGUUGGUAUGGGUUUGAGUGCGGCUGCUGAAACCUUUGAUGCACACCGUGUAUCUGAGGAGGAAUUCAAACUAUCUGCAGCUUCCAUUAUAAAGAAUGAACAACUAAUUGUCAGAUUUCAAGGGAGAUAUUUGCCAUGGGAUAAAGCUGCUCCUGCUGUUCUUGGAAUGGCUGCAUAUGAUCUUGAUCUACCAGUUGGACCUGACGAUGCAAUUCCUGUGGAACAGGAUCAGAUCUCGAAAUCCAGGGAAGAUAAUUCGGGAAUCACUUCCACUCCUUCUGGACGCAGAUGGAGGCUCUGGCCAAUUGCAUUCAGAAGGGUCAAAAAACUUGAGCAUUCCAGCAGUAACGCAUCUAGUGAUGAGGUGUUUUUAGAUUCUGAAUCCACACUGAACCAACCUGCAGAACCAUCUCUAACAUCCUAUGGUGGCAGUGAGUCUCCUCACAAGCAGCUUUUGAGGACAAAUGUUCCCACUAUUGAGCAAAUAGCAUCUUUGAAUCUGAAAGAGGGGCAGAAUGUUGUGAACUUUAGUUUCUCUACUAGGGUCCUAGGAAUGCAGGUAGAAGCACAGGUAGAAGCUCAUAUAUAUUUAUGGAGGUGGAAUGCAAGAAUUGUGAUUUCAGAUGUUGAUGGGACAAUUACCAGGUCUGAUGUUCUUGGUCAGUUCAUGCCCCUGGUUGGAAAGGACUGGACACAUUCUGGAAUAGCUCGUCUUUUCUCUGCAAUUAAGGAGAAUGGAUAUCAUCUACUGUUUCUGAGUGCACGUGCAAUUGUUCAAGCAUAUCUAACAAGGAGUUUUCUAGUCAAUCUCAAGCAGGAUGGAAAAGCUUUACCCAGUGGACCUGUUGUAAUUUCACCUGAUGGUUUAUUUCCCUCAUUGUACCGAGAAGUCAUAAGACGAGCACCUCACGAAUUCAAGAUCGCUUGUUUAGAGGAUAUUAAAGCACUUUUUCCUUCUGAUUACAAUCCUUUCUAUGCGGGUUUUGGGAACAGAGACACCGAUGAGCUUAGUUACCGAAGAAUUGGAAUCCCAAAGGGCAAAAUCUUUAUUAUUAACCCCAAGGGCGAGGUAGCCAUUAAUCAUCUCAUUGAUGUGAAGUCAUACACGUCGUUACACACUCUUGUAGACGACAUGUUCCCACCAACGUCACUGCUUGAACAGGAAGAUUACAAUUCAUGGAACUAUUGGAGAAUGCCGUUGCCAGAUAUUGAUAGUUUAUAGAAAUUGCUAUGAUCUGGGAUGCUCGACUGAUUAUAUCGACACGCCACAUUGGGCUGCCGGGUUUCACUGUUUCUUCCACCUUCUCUCACUGAUUUGAAACUGUAAACAAUUAAAUGUACUCUUAAGCAAUUCAUUGUAUGCAAAACUGGAUUAUAAAUUUCUCUUACCGAAUAAAAAAAUAUCAAUGGCUUACUUGAUUUUAUU